AUGGCGGAAUUCAAUAUGUCUUCGUUGGGUUCCGCGCUCGACGAUGUGACAAACAGUCAGGACAACAAAGAGAACGACGCGUCCAACCUCGCCCGCGCAAAGGGGUGGGUGGCUCCAGAGAGCUAUGACUAUGACAAGUACACUGCUACUCCCGCUCCUGAUCAACCCGCUGGCGACGCUGGUGACGGUCAGCUCCCCGAGUGGGCGGCAAAUGCAGCCAAAUAUGAAUGGAAGGACGAGUAUGGUGAUGUAGGCCCGGAGAUACCUGAGCUUGAGGAACAACUGUUCCGAAACGAAUUCAUCAACCGGGCUGGUCUGAAGAUUGGAAAUCUACAAAAGAUUGAGGUCAUCGCCGAGAGUCGUGAAAGACCCAACCCUGUGAGAGACUUCAAUGACGCUGGUCUGCAUCCGAUCAUGCGCAAGAAUAUUGAACUCUGUCGUUACGCACACCCAACACCCAUCCAGGCGUAUUCGAUCCCAGCAGUUAUCACUGGACAUGACCUGAUUGCCAUUGCCCAGACUGGUUCCGGAAAAACUGCGGCUUUCCUCAUUCCCGUCCUGUCCCAGCUGAUGGGUAAGGCCAAGAAGCUCGCCGCUCCUCGCCCUAAUGUGGCUGCUGGUUACAAUCCUGCCACGGAUGCUGUCCGGGCUGAGCCGUUGGUCCUCAUCGUCGCUCCGACCCGUGAGCUUGCAACUCAGAUCUUCGACGAGGCAAGACGCCUAUGUUAUCGGUCUAUGUUGCGGCCUUGUGUGGUCUAUGGAGGUGCGCCAUUCCGUGAUCAGCGGGACGAGCUGCAGCGUGGCUGCGAUAUCCUCAUUGCCACACCUGGAAGACUCCUUGACUUCAUGGAUAGGCCUCACAUGCUUUCGCUUCAUCGUGUCAAGUACACUAUCAUCGAUGAAGCCGAUGAGCUUCUACAAUCUGAUUGGGAGUCGGAUUUCAACAAGAUAAUGUCAGGAGGAGAUGUGAACGAGGAUGCUGACCAUCGAUACAUGAUGUUCUCUGCGACCUUCAACAAGGCUUGCCGUGAGCUGGCUCGCAAGUACCUCGCAGAUGACCAUGUUCGCAUUCGCAUCGGACGCCCUGGUAGCACUCACAUCAACGUGCAGCAGAACCCACAGAUCAUCUUUGCGGAGCGGCACAUGAAGAAGCAGUGUCUCUAUGAUCUUCUGCUCUCCAUGCCCCCUUCCCGGACCCUGGUGUUUGUUAACUCGAAGACCCAGGCCGACCUGUUGGAUGAUUACCUGUUCAAUAUGGGCUUGCCAAGCACUUCGAUCCAUGCCGAUCGUACUCAGCGUGAGCGUGAAGAUGCAUUGCGUGCUUUCCGCAUGGCCAAGUGCCCCAUUCUCGUGGCCACCGGUGUCUCGGCUCGCGGCCUUGAUAUCAAGAAUGUCAUGCAUGUCAUUAACUUUGACCUGCCUCGUGCCCAGCACGGCGGCAUCACUGAGUACAUCCAUCGUAUUGGACGCACCGCUCGCAUUGGGAAUGAAGGCCUGGCGUCCUCAUUCUACAACGAGGACGAUGUGGAACUUGCACCUGACCUUGUCAGCAUCCUUCUUGAGAGCGGCCAGAAGGUUCCUGACUUCCUUGAGUCUUACAAGCCUAUUGACAACAAGAUCGACUUCCAGGACGAUACCGAUGAUGAGGAUAACGGUGACGGCAACGCUGGAGAUGACGCUGGUGCAGCGUGGGAAGGUAUACAGAUGGAUGACAACGAUGCUGGCAACGCGCCGCAGGCAUCAGACACCGACUGGGGCUUCUAA